AGCCAUAUCAUCACACAGGCUAGAUGGUCCAUGUGCUCAGUAGCUAGGAUAAAUCAAUUAGCGAUAGACAACCAAUCCUUUAUGAUGGCUACGUUCGGAUUUGAUACAAAAUCAUGUCAAGGUUACCAAGGAGGCAUAUUGUCUACAGUACGUGAUAUUAAUGGACCAGAUUUAUGUAAUAGUUCUGUAGUUCAAGAUUAUCUGACAUCUUCAACAUGUGGGUACCUGAACCCACGAAAUAGUUCACAACCAUGCAGUACUGUUUUACCGUAUAUUACCUGUAUGGCGGCCAGAUUAUCGGGGUUAACAAAUGGACGAUGUUCGAACAUCCAUCCUCUGAACUUAAUCAACAGUGACGUCAACUUACAGAAUAGUGUAUCAGCCUGUGAUAAACGUUUCGAGGACGUAUUAAACGACCCGUGUUUGGAUACCAAAACAAUACUGUCACUUUCACCUCAAAUAUUUGGUCCCUGUCUAGCACCUCUUGUAUAUCUGCAAAAUGUUACGUCAUCAGCCUGCAGAGUAUAUGCCCAGUCGUUGAACUGUAUGAGUAAACGAGUAGGAACCAACUGUACUCUGUCAACUCUCCAUAGCUAUCUUGGUGUUUACACUGAUAUGGUUUUACAAUAUGCCACACAGCAGCCAUAUACCACGCGACAGCCAUAUACCACACAACGGCCUAACAUUCAACUACCCGACCAGCAAUCUCCAUUACAAUAUGUGACACAACAGCCAUAUACCACACAACAGCCAUAUAACCAGAAUUCAGCAUGGCCUAAUAUUCAGCUACCCGACCAGCAAUCUCCACUAACAAAUAUUCCAAGCAUCGCCAAAGAAUGUACCGAUUAUAUUGUGAGUCAAAAUGCCUCCAGCUUACCUUCUAUUUGUGAUGACAGUGAAACACUGAAAGAGAUUGCCAUGCCCUGUGUUUCAACAAUUUAUAAAAGUAUCGCUCAAUUUAAUAUGCCCACCUCAUGCUUUAUGGUGCUGACACCUUUAACUGGGUGUUUCCAAUCAGUUUUACAACCCUUGGGUGUGUCUUGUUCACCUCAGAAAAUAGCUAAUGUAUUAACAGACAAUAAAGACCUACUUGAACAAUUCUUCCCCAAUAUUGACUUCACACCUUGUUUAUCUAAUGGAACUUUCCAGGGUAUAUGUCCAGUUCUGAUUGCUUCGCCCACUACCACAACAACUAGUGUUAUUAGCGGUCUUGAUAAUGCUUUCGUCUGUUUGUCAGCUGUCUUUACAUCCAUGAUGUCACCUCUACAACAAGAUCAAGUCUGUAGUGUGUAUUCGGCGGCAUUAAGGUGUGUGAUAGCCAAGAGUGAGUUGAAAGGUUACAACACCUCGUGUAAUGAAAACAAUAUAUCACCCAUUUUAACAGCAGCUUUAGCAGUUUUACCAAUGUUUAACAACGCCAACACUUCUAUUGAUAAAUGUCAAGGUUCCGGACCAUCAACAAAACCUAUCUGUAAAGACACUAGAGUAUUGGCGUCAUUAGCUGUAUCACAAACAUGUGCUCUGUAUCUGAGUUUUUCCCAGUCUAGACCCGGUGGAGUCUGUGGAGGAUUAAUAGAGUGUGUAGGGGUCAACCUGGGUUCAUCUGGAAUGUACUGUCGAAAUGAUGAAAUCGGUACAGCAUUAGUACAAGAGACAGUGUUACUACAGCAAUUUAAUAUAACAUUCAACCCCUCAGAGUGUACUACAAAUCGUACGUUACCAUCGUAUCCCACGUCUAAUAUAAGUGAAUGUUUCAAUGUUCUACAAUCUGAGAUUAAUCCCGUAUUGUAUUGUAAUCAUUCUUUACGAGCUAUUAAUAGAACAAAAGACCUAACAGAACAAUGCAGAAUAUUACCAGAUUUACUGCAAUGUUUGGUUAUGUCUACCCACUAUACCGGUUAUAACUGUAGUGUGGAUCAACUGUUUACAUUAUACAAGGCCAAUAACUCACUUAUUACACAGUUUGCACCCAAAUUUGAUCCGCUUGCAUGCUCAGGCGCCACUGAAAUCCAGGUCAUUGCUCCAAGGGGAGGUAAUCUAUGCGCCGAACCACCGGUGUAUCCCUAUCUUGAGAAAUAUGCCUGUGCUAGCUAUAAAAAUCUAUCCAGUUCAUGCGAGAGGACAUAUAAUCUGACUAAAUGCGUGCAGUCCACCUUUCAAUCGUUUGACACGUAUUGUACACCAGAGGUGAGCCUGACAAUGAUACAAUCGUUACCCAGUAUGAUGUAUGUCGGAAAUGUUAAAUCUUGCAACUUUAAUACACCAGGCACGGACAUGGAAUUUUCCACAUGUCAAGGGUUAACACCAACAUCAUAUUAUUUCACGGAGUGUUCCAGUAAUUAUAGUAAGAUACUGACUGUAGAUGGUGAAAGACGAUGUCCAUAUUGGGAAGAUACUGUAAGAUGUGUGCAAUCUAAUAUGUUUUGGAAUAAUGAGUACUGUUCUACCCAAGCUGUUAUUGAAACAUUAAAUAGACAUCCACAAUUCACAGCUGUUCUUCCUGGAUUCUCUGCUGAAACCUGCACAGAAGAUAUAUAUCUGGCCGAACCGUGUAAAGAUUUGAAUUUGUAUCAGUUAACUAUGGUCAAGUGUCAACCAAGACACAAAAUGUGUGGCCAACAAAGUUUAAUCAGAUCGUGUGUUGAACGCAAUCUAAAUUAUCUAGGACAAUAUUGUUCAGAGGAGGACAUAACAAAUCAGAUGAAAACGUUUGAUACAAACCAAUACAGAAAAUGUGCUGAAAACGACAUCGUCCUAGAUAAUGGAAGACAUGUGUUGAUUUAUCAGAACGGUAAAAACCACAGCGUCUGUGGUUAUGGUUGGGAUGAUAACGAUGCCAGAGUUGCUUGUCGACAGAUGGGAUUUAAAGAAGGACAAGCUGACGACGUGUAUAAUUAUCAAUAUGACAGAGCUUAUUACAGCUAUGAUUGUACAGGAAGUGAAGACAACCUCUCCAACUGUUCUCAGCAUUACAGCAGAUCCAAUUGCAGCUCUUUUUAUAGUGCCGGAGCCAUAUGUUACAACGAUGAAUAUGAACUCAGUUUAGUUGGUGGAGAAUCUGGGAACUACGGUCAGGUUGUUAUAAAAGUUAACGAAGUAAAGGGGUAUCUGUGCAGUAGUUAUUAUUUUGGCGACAAGGAAGCUAACGCACUCUGUAUGAAUCUUAAUUUUGGUGGAGGAGAAUUGUAUAAAGGUCGUGUACCAACCACAUCCAUGACAACUGUUUGGAGAAAUGAAGUGGAUUGCCCAACCAGUUAUACACCGUUUGGGGCAUGUUUGAAGGAUAAUUUUGGUAUAAAACCUGCCAGUAAAGAUUCAAUUCUUGGUUGUAAUUACUAUCCUCAAGUAUAUUGUUACGGUGCUAUUCGUUUGAACACCCAGUAUAAAAAUAGAACAGGAUUAGUUCAGAUGUAUCAAUCACUUAAUGGCAAACCGACUUUAUUCUCAGUGUGUCGAGACAAUGUGAAUAAUCAGACGGUCGGUGCUGUCUGCAAACAGAUCGGCUUUAACAAUGGCGGCUAUUUAAUACCAUAUAACCCAUUUAAGACUACCAGUGUUAAUCUUGGUGUUCGUAUCAACUCUUGUACUAAUCACGAUGACCUCAACACGUGUGAUAUAAAGGUCAAGUCAUCAGAAUAUGAAUAUUUAAACUGUACUUCCGGUCCUGCUGUUAUUACGUGUAAUACAAAUAGUCCAGAUGAAGUAGCAGAAAAUACAAUAAGAAUGGAAUCAUAUGACGGACGACUAUUGGUUUAUAAAUAUGGUUUAUGGGGAGGAAUAUGUUCCGUAGGUUGGAGUAAUACGGCAGCUUCUGUAUAUUGUAAAGGUCAAGGUUAUGAGUCAGGCCUGGCCAAGGAAGUAUACUAUAACUAUAACAACGACGUCAAGUGGUGGUUUAAUGUACGUUGUGAUGGAAACGAAACGACUCUGAAAGAUUGUCAAUAUGAGCUUGAAGAUAAGAACAAUAAUUGCUCCUAUUCUAGAAAUGACGCUGCAGUAUUCUGUUUCAAUGAAGCGGAUGUGCCACGAGUGUCAUUACAAGAUGGUGUCAGUUCUAACUAUGGACGGGUAUAUGUUAACAUCCGGGGACAAGAAGGGCCUGUAUGUUCACCUAAUGCUUACAAUCUAGCACCUGUUAUAUGUAGAGGUCAAGGUUACACUGAUGGUGAAAUUUAUCACGCAGAUUUACAACUGCCAAAGAGUGAUGGUUCGUGGAGAUCUGAAAUGGAUUGUAGUGGAUCUGAGACGGCUAUUAGUGUGUGUCGCAAUGCAGGUAACUGGACCUGGAUCGCCAAUAAUGCAUCAGUGCCAUCAGAAAUAUCAUGCGGUAGAGAAAUGAUGCAUGAAGUCUUCUGUUACGGAGAAGUUCGUCUAAACACUGGUUAUCACAAUACAUCGGGUGAGGUACAAAUGAUUAACCGGGAGAAGAAAUGGGAAAUGUUCUGUCCUGGUCAACUAAACCCAGCAGCUUACAAUGUGAUAUGUCGACAACUGAAUCUGUCAAACCAAGGGCAUGCUUUACCAAUCAACUUCGCAGGAUAUCGCUCAAACGCCGGAAAGCAGUAUACCUGCACGGGUGAUGAAUCUAAAUUGUCUGAUUGUCCCUUUACAUUAAAAUAUGGCUUUUGUACUAAACCAAUAGCAAUUGUUUGUCAAGACAAUUUCACAGUGUCAGAUGAAAUCCAAGACGUUGUGAUCCAGCCAGAUGGUCGAGUUCUAAUCAAGAAAUAUAAUGUAUGGGGCUCGGUUUGUAACGACCUGUGGAAUCAGACAGAGACAGACGUAUUGUGUCGGUCACGUGGUUUUGAGGGAGGAGUAACUAAAAACUCCAAAUAUUCGGAUGAAAGACGACCACUAUUCCCAGCUAUGAAGUGUCUUGGUUCUGAAACUAAUCUCAGAGAUUGUGAUAGCAGUCGUAUGGGCAAUACCACCGAUUCUUAUUGUUAUAGCGAUGUUGCUGUUCGAUGUUUGGAACCUAAUGACAAAUUUGAGCUUUCUAUAGAAGGUGGGUCUUCAUCCGGGCGACUCUUAGUUACCAGGGCUAACAAGACUGCCUAUUUUUGUGAUCCUGACUAUUUUUCGACCGAAGAUGCCAGAAUAGUAUGUCAGCAUCUUGGUUAUAAUGAUGGUGAGCGAGGACAAUACUACAGUGGAGAUAGCACUAUUUUAAAGGAGGCAUGGAAAAUAGGGUUCUACUGUCCGAGUUCGAAAAACCAAGGUCCCAUAAAUCUGCAGGCUUGCUUAGAGGGUGAAUGGGUCAUGGAAUCGUGGAUGAAUGGAUAUAGAGUUUGUCAGUAUAAUACCGCAACAGUUACCUGUAGUGGGCAAGCAUCAUCCGUCAACAGUACCAGCUUGUGCUCUAAUAUCAAAUAUUUUGAAAUGCUUGAUAAAGAUUGUGAUGACGUCAUAGAUAAUAUAGCACGUGCUGUUCAGGUAUCACAGAUGUCAGCUUGUCAAUAUUUUCCAGAUCUUGUAAGGUGUCUAUCAGAGAAAAUGAUUAGUAGAAAUAUUAUUUGUACAGAAAGUGAUAUUUUCACUGUAUUACGUCAGAAUAGGGAUGACAUCAUAAAUAUUACGGGUGGUUUAAAUACUGAUGUUUGUGAUGGUAUGAAGUGGCAACCAUCUACUGGUAGUAGCAAUUCUACUGGUUGUACGUCAUUGCCAUUGAUGUCACGUGUUCUACCUCUGUGUUACCAAACACCGAAUAAGACUAUAACUGAUCCUAUUAAAAUACAACAACUUUGUAGUCAAGGCGAGAUGUUUAUGAACUGCCUCGUGCGUGAAUUAAAAAAUUCUGCCAACACGUCAUGCAGGGUUGAGGACAUUAGUAAAUUUUUUGCCAUGAAUCCAACAUUUGUCAUGGAGAAGAUAAAGUUUGAUUUGUCGAAGUGUUCCGAACAACCAAGUAAUACAACUUCCGGAAAUCCCGGAAGUACCAAUUUUACUACAGGAACCCGUAUUGAUAGAUGUUCUAAUGCCACGUAUUUUGAAAUGGUUGACAAAGAUUGCGAUGACGUCAUUGAUAAUAUAACAAGUGCAGUUGAAAUAUCACAGAUGUCAGCUUGUCAAUAUUUUCCUGGUCUUGUGAGUUGUUUAUCAGAGAAAAUGAUCAGUAGAGAUAUUAUUUGUACAGAAAGUGAUAUUUUCACUGUAUUACGUCAGAAUAGAGAUGACAUCAUAAAUAUUACUGGUGGUUUAAAUACUGAUGCGUGUGAUGGUAUGACGUGGCAACCAUCUACUGGUUGUACGUCAUUACCAUUGAUAUCACGUGUUCUACCCCAGUGUUAUACCACACCUAAUACUACUAUAACUGAUCCAUCUACAAUACAACAACUUUGUAGUCAAGCUCCAUCAGUAAUACAGUGUCUCCAAGGAGAACUUUUUAAACUGGAUAUCACAUGCUCGCUAGAGAUCUCGUUAGUAAUUCAAAAUCAACAAUGGUUUACAGAUAAAUUUGGAUUUGACGUCUCAGUGUGUUUCAAACUUAGUGGAUAAUGACAUUUAAAAUCUCAGUUUAAGGAAAUCAAACUAGAAGGAUUAUAAAUAAAAAUGAAUUGGUGGUCUGAUUCCAUAUCAUACUUUUGUAUUACCCUACAUACUCUACUAUCAUUUCAGUUUAUUUUGUUUGUUUUCGAUGAUAAAGUGCUAUGUGUUUUGUUUGUUAUUGUUGCUUAUUGUGUUUAUGAUAUAAUAUACUAUAAACUACUUAACUUGUCUUAUAGAAUCUUUCGACCAGAUUCGCCAAUAGCAGUAGGCAUAAUAGAUCAUUGGCCCACGGGCUUCUGCCCCCCCCCCCUACUAAUUUGUCACACAGCGUGCCAGUGUGUAACCAUGUUUCAUGUAUAUACCGGGUAUUUUACUAUAUUCAAAACCACAAUGGCCCAUGUGCAAUGAAUAUAGGCAGAGGGGUGGGGUGGGGCUGCUGAAGAUUCGGUGAACCGUCCAGUUUUCGGGCAAUGUAUUUCCGUUGUUCGGGCACAAACAUCCGGGAAUGAGACAAUAUAUCAUAGAAAUAUAAAUGUAUAAUUGUAAAAAGAAAUCGCUCGCGGUUUACGUUGUGAAUAUUAUAAUACUUAAUAGAACUUUGUAGAAAACUCAUUUUAGUUAAUGAUUGAUAUAUUCUGAAAAUUCGGGUAACAAAGAAAAUAUUCUGGCAAAUAGUCCCCCCACCCCCGCGCUCCGAACUGAGACCCUCCCCCUCUACACCGGCUAUAAGUAUAGUAUAGAGCAUUGAGUAUGGGCCCCUUACAAUAUGUAUAGGGCCCUGAGUAUGGCCCGUGGUCUAUAAACUUGAGGCCAACUAAAUAAUUAUCUCCACAAGACCCACAAGUACGUAAACGCGGCGUUGUAGAAUCUCCCAACAAAUCAUUAUAUUGUCUACUAGCAGCCACAUAUUUAUAAGUUUACAAAAAAAGAAAUCCCACGGAAAUCUGCCUUGUAACGAGAUUAGAACUUUCUUUUCAUGUCGAUGAUGACAUAUGGUAAAUAUAUAGCGCCAUGUUUGUACAAAAACACGAUGUAGCUUCAAUUCAAAAUCCCUCAUCUUGGUCCAGGCACCAAAAAAAAAAAAAAAAAAAAAUUGUAAAAGACUCGGACAUGUUUUUUUUUUAUUUGAAAUUAAUCUAAAGUUCAUUUUACUUUCUAUUCCCUUCAGGCGGUCAUCUUCUUUAUCUUAUAAUUAUUAUGUGCAUCCAUGAACAUCAACGCCAGGAUGGUAUUAUCCUGUGUGAUUUUUAUUUCAGUCAGUACAAGAAUCGGACAUGUUUUUUUUUUUAUUUAAAAUUAAUCUGAAGUUCAUUUUACUUUCUAUUCCCUUCAGGCGGUCAUCUUCUUUAUCUUAUAAUUAUUAUGUACAUCUAUGAACAUCAACGCCAGGAUGGUAUUAUCCUGUGUGAUUUUUAUUUCAGUCAGUAUUUAGAGAACACUUUUCAGAUAUGUUUUGGCUAAAAAUGCCAAGUAAUAUAUUGUUCAAUAUAUUGUUCAAACAUUACAGUUUCAUUUUGUAUUUUCUUAAAUAAACCGGAUUAUUUACAGUGUGUACUGUAUUAAAUACAUCGAACCCUGUUACAAUUUGUACUCUUUUUUUAAACAAAACAUCGGAUUCUGUUACUUUUUUAUGCUUAAUGAACUCGGGUUCAAUACAGUUUGUACUUUCUUAAAUAAGUAAUCGAAUUCUGUUAAAGUUGUACUCUAUUAAAUAUAUCGGAAUCUGUUACAAUUUGUACUUUAUUAAAUACAUCAGAUUUAUUACAUUUUGUACUUUCUUAAAGAAAUCGCAUUUUGUUAAAUUUGUACUUUAUUAAAUUAAUCAGAUCCUGUUCCAUUUUGUACUUUCUUAAAUAAAUCGGAUUAUGUUAAAUUUGUAUUUUAUUAAAUAAACCACAAUCUGUUACAAUUUGUACUUAAAUAAAUCGGAUUCAGUUACAUUUUGUUAUUCGUAUAUCAUUCGUGUAAACAUUGUAUAUAAUCUCAAGACGAUAAAAUCGUUUAAAUAAUUGUAUUAUAAUGUCAAAACCCAUUGUGUAUUAUAUUAUUUUUAUAUUAUACAAAAUGAUGAACAGUGCUAGAAUAUAAUAAUCCGAAUCUUGAUAGUUUGUUUCUUGUAUAUAAAGUUCACAUAAAAGUUGUACAUGUAUUAGGAUUAAUAAAUCA